AUGGUAAACACACGUUCAUGUCUUCCACCAGCAAGCUCAUCCGCUCCAAACCAACCUCCUCCUGAGGAUAUCCCUGUUCCUCAAGAGGAAUCAUCAAAAGUGCCAGAGCUCCAGCCGGCAGUCGUCACUACCGGAGCCUUUGAAGAGCUCAGACAACAGGUCGCCACACUGACUCAACUGCUAAGUCAAAAAAAUUCACAUCCGUCACCCACACAGGCACCCCAGGGGGGUUUUAUGGCUGAUGCUCAAGCUCGAGCUCAGAGACAUGUCCCUAACAAUGACGGAGUAGGGGCCUCGGGCAUACCACAUGUGACCUCAGCCUUGAGAUCAGUGACCAUAGAGUCCGAGGAACUCGCUAGGAUUAUUCAAGAAGGAAUUACGGCGGGCCUACUUCAGGGUAACAAAGGGUCAGCAAGAUUUAGUCCCAGCACUCCCUUUACUCCCGAGAUAUUGACAUUCCCCUUGCCAGACAGAUUUAAGUAUCCUAGGAUCAAAGAAUAUGAUGGGACCACCGAUCCAAUCAAUCAUCUUAACGUAUACACGGACGUCAUGAAUCUACAGGUCGCACCGAAUCAGGUGAUGUGCAAGGCCUUCCCACAAACUUUGACGAAUGCUGCUAGGGGUUGGUUCUCAAUUUUAGAGCCCAACUCCAUAACCUCAUUUUCGGAUUUGGCGGACAAGUUCUCUGCUUUCUUCGCAAGCAGUAAAUGCAUCAGGAAGACAGUGGCUUCCCUCAUGCAACUUAGACAAGGGCAAAAUGAGACCCUACAUGACUUCAUGACCAGGUUCAACAAGGAAAGACUUCAGAUUCCCGACCUACAUAUAACUACAGCAGUUUCUGCCCUCACAUAUGCCAUAAAGUGUAAGGCUUUCAAGAUGUCUUUAUCCAAAACUCCGUCAAAAAUAGUGAUCGAGCUUCUUACUCGAGCCGAGCAGUACAUAAAUAUGGAGGAAACACUGAACCCGAGAAAGGUUGGACCAUCCCAUGAUACGGUCGAGCAUAAACGACAGCACGACCUGAACCCCCGUGAAGAACCACCUCGGAGAAAACAGAGACAGGAGGUUCCCUCGACGUCAUUCACGCGUUUAAAUACGUCAAAAACAAAUAUAUUGAUGGAGAUCAAGGAUAUGAAGGAACUCAAAUGGCCUGUCAGAAUGAGGUCACCACCCGAAUCCAGGGACAUGAACACUAACGACAAACGCCUGAGGAACGAUCAUGGUAGGGAAAAAGCCCCUGAAGCAAAAAGGGAUGGUCAACCCACUGCUGGAACCAUCAAUAUCAUCAUUGGGGGUAUUGCCUCGGGAGGAGACUCGAACAGUGGAAGAAAACAAUAUGCCCAACAAUAUGCCUUGGCCUCUGGGAUGCCUCAUGGAAAGCUGGAGGAUAUUACUUUUGGAACCAGGGACUUGGAAGGUGUAUCACUUCCACAUGAUGACGCCUUGGUCAUCUCAGCGAUUGUGGCCAAUUUUGAAAUAAAGAGAAUCUUGGUUGACAACGGGAGUGCGGCCAAUAUACUUUCACAAGAGGCUUUUGCCAAAAUGGGAAUCUCAUCUCAACAGCUCAAAGCGGUUAAAACUCCUUUCCAAGGGUUUAGGGGAGGAGUCAUCACUCCAGAAGGUGUCGUCGAGCUUCCUCUAACAUUGGGUUCUGGCUAG